CCAUCUCCAGAGCCAAUCUACAACAGCGAGGGGAAGAGGCUGAACACGCGCGAGUUCCGCACGCGCAAGAAGUUGGAGGAGGAGAGACACAACCUCAUCACCGAGAUGGUGGCCCUGAACCCCGACUUCAAACCUCCUGCAGACUACAAGCCACCAGCGACGCGUGUGAGCGACAAAGUGAUGAUCCCUCAGGAUGAGUACCCCGAGAUUAACUUCGUGGGGCUCCUGAUUGGGCCAAGAGGGAACACCCUGAAGAAUAUCGAGAAGGAAUGCAACGCCAAGAUCAUGAUCCGGGGGAAGGGCUCAGUGAAGGAGGGCAAAGUGGGCAGAAAGGAUGGGCAGAUGCUGCCAGGAGAGGAUGAACCUCUACACGCGUUGGUCACCGCCAACACCAUGGAGAACGUCAAGAAGGCCGUGGAGCAGGUACGGAACAUCCUGAAACAAGGCAUCGAGACCCCCGAGGACCAGAACGACCUGCGCAAGAUGCAGCUUCGUGAGCUGGCACGGCUCAACGGGACCCUGAGAGAGGAUGAUAAUCGCAUCCUGCGGCCGUGGCAGAGCACUGAGACUCGCAGCAUCACCAACACCACUGUGUGCACCAAGUGUGGUGGCGCAGGACACAUCGCCUCUGACUGCAAGUUUGCCAGGUCUGAGACCCUCUAA